CUUUCGGUUUGCGUGGGCGGCAGGCCUGCCGCGGGGAGGGUGGGAGCUGUUGCAGCCGCUCACGGGAGGAAUUUCAUGAGACUUAUUUGAUAUUGAACUGUCUGCUGGUCUUCCCUGCCCCCAGGCCUGUAAUAUCCUGGGACACUGCUAAUUAAGACUUUCCUGCAGAUGGAAGAACUGGAGCAAGGCCUAUUGAUGCAGCCAUGGGCCUGGCUACAGCUUGCCGAAAACUCCCUCUUGGCUAAGGCUUAUAUCACCAAGCAGGGCUAUGCCUUGCUGGUUUCAGAUCUUCAAGAGGUGUGGCAUGAACAGGUGGAUGCCAGUGUGGUCAGCCAGCGAGCCAAGGAGCUGAACAAGCGCCUGACUGCCCCCCCUGAGGCUUUUCUCUGUCAUUUGGAUGAGCUGCUUCGCCCACUGUUGAAGGACAUUGUUUGCCCUGGGAAAGCUACCUUCUCCUGUGAACGUGUGGCGGAGGCACUGAUACUGCAGGUGCGGAGUGAGCUCUCUGGCCUCCCCUUCUGUUGGACUUUCCACUGCAUCCUGGCUAGCCCUUCCUUGGUCUCCCAACAUUUGAUUCGUCCUCUGAUGGGCAUGAGUCUGGCAUUGCAGUGCCAAGUGAAGGAGCUGGCAACAUUGCUUUGUAUGAAAGACCUAGAGAUCCAGGACUACCAGGAGAGCGGGGCUACAUUGAGCCGAGACCGGUUGAAGACAGAGCCAUUUGAAGAAAAUUCUUUCUUGGAACAAUUUAUGGUAGAGAAACUACCAGAGGCAUGCAGUGUUGGUGAUGGGAGACCCUUUGUCACGAAUCUACAAAAUCUGUAUAUGGCAGUCACCAGACAAGAGGUCCAAGUGAGACAGAAGCAUCAGGACGCUGGAGAUCCUCAGACCUCAAGUAGUGCUUCUGCACAAGGAACUGAUAACCAACUUCUGAACCAGCCAGAAGAGCCAGUUUCCUCAGCACCAUCUCUCCCAGUGCCUGACAAAGAACCCACAGGUACUUCAGGCCCUGUGAAGAGACCUCAGCUGUCCAAGGUCAAGCGGAAGAAGCUAAGGGGGCUCUUCAGUUAAGCCACUGUCUCAACUGCUGAGGAUGGACCCAGAGAACAGUUCCUGGUGCAACCUUGAAAGGAGCUCCUGGGGCAGCAGGAACUCUGACAUGGUUACAUCAUCAGAGGCUGGAUCACUGAAGUUCAUAUUCACAGGCCACCUGAAUGAGUGCUAUUAACUGACAGAAUCUUGGCUCCACCCAUUGGGCAUUGGCCUGUCCCAGUGGAAGCCAGUCUCUGGGAAUCCCAUACCUUCCUCUCUUUUGGUGGAGGCUCUCUAGACCCACGACCCUACCAUGGACUUUAGGUGUAUAGAACAAAUCAGCAAAAAGGCACAACAUGCUUAGGAAGCCUUGCCUGUCUUUCCCUAGCCAAUUCCAGGUGCUCCUCAGAGAGGCUUAUCAAAGGUCACACAACUAAUAAGUAACAGCCAGAAUUUGAACCCAGACAGCUGAGUUCCUCAUUCUAUACGUUACUGAAACCAUUUUCCAGGGAGGAUGUCAGAUCCUUCUUUCCUGUCUUCCACUGUGGCAUCCUUCUAUGACCCUGCCUACUUUCAAUAGGAUGUUCUAGUCCUCAUUGCUCCUCAAGGCAGGAAACUUUAAAGACUCUGGGACUUACCUCCUUGUCCUUACCUGCUGGUAGAGUCGGAGAGAGUCACCAGGGCUCAUCCCAGUAGCUGCUGUUAACUUUCUUUACCUCCAGACCACAGUGUCCUAGGGUGUACCCAGUCGUGACUGUCAUUGAAGUGAAGUCAUUGGGAACCAGGUAAAAUCAAUCUAUAGAUGCCUCAUUUUGUUCUUUAGUUUCUUUUUGGCAUAAUUUAGGUAACCAGGUUUCAGGAUCUACAAGAUCUGAGACCACAUGGGAAAAUGGAAAGACUUCCCCAGCAAGCUGGGAGAAAAUGUGGGUUCUUCACCUGGAUAAUCCCUCUGCCUUAAGAGCAUAGUCUCCAGCGUCGGCCUUUUUCAUCACAGGGGGUUCUGGGGUGUGUGAGUCCCCCCAAAUUAUAAGUAAAACCCUAGAAGCAUAACUUUGUUUCAUGUUCUCAAAAGAAUGUGUACUUUUUUAAAAGGUUAAGUAAGAAUAUGCCUAAUUUCCUCUCUGUCCACUGCCCACUGUAUCCCCAAAAGGCUGCUGUCUCCAUGGGAAUAUUGCCCAAAUACAACCUUCUAUAAACAUUGCUUCCAGAGGUCCUGCCUCAGGCAUUCUUGCCUUGAACCUCUUACCCCCAAACCUAGGGGUGGUGGUUGAGAAUCUUUCGUCCAGGGCAACUCCAGGGAAAUCCCUGCCUUGACAAAUUGGCCUAACCAGGCUGUAUUCCAGCCCUGCCCCCUGGCUUGGGCCCCUCCCGAAGGCCCCCAGCCUGGCCCAACCCCCACUCCACAUGCACAUAAAAGGGUCGAAUUCUCGUGGCUGCUCCAUAAAUUUUAUUCCGUAAAUAUUAGUUUUCCCUGUGUUUAAUAAAGCAGUGGCCCACCUCCCCGCCUACCCGCCCGCUCCCCGGGGCCGGGGCUGGGGCCAGGGCUGGCUGGUGGGAGAAGGGACUCUUUCAAUUGCUUUGGAGUAUUUUUAGAAAAAAAAAUAAUAUAAGGUGGUUUACACGAGCCAGCCAGCAAACCAGGAGCAGGACUAGAGACCUCGAGGAAGUUCCUGCAGGAACUUGACCUAAAAAGUAGAGAAAUAGCGCCACCUAGGCUGCAAGGCCUACUUGGCCUGGCUGGCCGGCUCACCCCUCCCCCACAGUCAGCUCGGACUGGCCAGCUCUUUGCUGGAAAAGAAAUCUUCACUCCUUAGCACUCCAGCUGGGCAGCAUCUCCUUUACUCAGGCCUCACAGAGGGCUCUCCCAGCAGUCCUUGAAGGCAGAGCCCAAGCUGGGUCCUGGAAAAUCCCACUGGGGUCAUUCUCUUUCCUCCCGUGACAGGCAGCCAGUCUCCCAGAUCAAGGAGUGUUUCCAAAGGAUAGUGACAUUAUUGAGAAGGUAGGAAGGAGCUCCUAGUCUGUCUUCCCACUGGAUCCUGAGGCUCACCCUGGAAUUCUUAGGGUGUAAGGUGGCAAAGUGAAAUCGGUGCUCCUUGGCUCUGGACUUGGAAUCUCUCCCUGUCAGACCUAGGGCCUCCCACCAUCGCCUCUAAUGCAGGUCCCCACAGUGAGAUACUCAAGUCUCCUGCACACGCGGCCCUCCUGCUUCUUCACUUUAUCCUGUGGUACAUCUGAACCCCCUUUUCUUGCCUUUCUGUUCACUAAAACCUCCCAUUUUCCGAAGCCCUUAUAUCCUCCUCCUCCCUGGUCCUCUGGAGAUAAGCAGGAGCCCCAUGUGUCACUCUCCAUAGGAAGAUGGCGGAAGGAGCAGGAAUAAAAGGCCGUGCCCCUUCUG